AUGGGCUGUGUCAACUGGCGAAAGGACAGCUGUGUGACCGCCCGGAUAUAUGGUUUCUCCGAAAAUUUCCAUCGCGAGGAGGUGCGCGGUCUUGCGGACAUGCUCAUUCCUCCGGCCAGACCAGCUUCGAUCAAUUCUGCCGACCACGACAAGAGUCGGUUCUAUGAAUUGCGCCAAGGUCGCGUGAAUUCUCUCUCGAGCUUGGAGAUCUAUCGUCUCAGACCCAUUUCCUACGAACGCGCUCGACCAUUCGCAACCCGGUUGACAAAGCCCCGACACCUUUCGAUCCGCAAUCAAGCCGUCCUUGAAGUGUUCUUCGCUCGCAAUAAUAAUACCAACAUGUCUCUCGUCAACCUUGCCGCGGUAUGCUCGCAUCUGAACAAUGCUACAAAGGCACGCCUUGGCCUCACAUCUAUCCCGAACAGCAACCUUCACCUGAAGCUGUGCCAGGCCCUCCAAAACUCCGGUUACAUUUCCUCCGUGGUUCGCGGUGGUCCGACACCACCCCCGAUGCACCCCAUCCUCGGUUACCCCACUGCAAAUGACGAGAUCGAAGGCGUAGAGCCCAUCACGCGCGACAAUGUCGCUUCCCGUCGUCUCUGGCUGGGGCUGAAGUAUUGGCAAAACGAGUCCGUCCUCGGCAAGGUGCAGAUGGUUAGCAAGCCAACUCGUCGAAUCAAUCUGAAUGUCGAGGAGCUGCGCCGUGUCGUUCGUGGGCAUGAAGCGAACCAUGUGGAUGGACUUCGAUCGCCUGGUGAGAGUCUCUAUCUCUCCACGGAUCGAGGUGUUUUGGAGGCCCGUGAAUGUGUCGAGAAGAAGCUCGGUGGCCUGGUCCUCUGCCGCGUGCUUUGA